AUGUCUGCCCCCUUGAGGAAGAAGUUGGUGUAUUCAGUCGACACCCCUUUCUCAGCAACACAGUGGCCAGAAGUCUCAUUUGAAGACCAGGAUGCCAUCUUAGAGCUGCUUUGCAAUCUUCUAAUGCCCAUUGGUCAACACCGCCAAAAGCAUGUGAAACCAUCUGAAGGCAAACGGGCUGCUAAGCGAAAGAGAAAGGAAGAGUCUGCAAACACAAAGAUAUCAGAGAAGCCAGACCGUCCACCCACGCCCGAGAUCGCCUCCUUCGUCGACGUCGGUUUAGCCAGCAUCACUCGCAAUCUCGAGAAGCUUGCCACGGCGCAACAGAGCUCAGAGCAACCAUCGAAUGAUAGCGAUUGCACGACUACUACACCCGGCCCUUACGCAGUCAUCUUCGUUGCUCGCUCCGGUCAGUCAUCGGCGUUCAACUGUCAAUUACCACAAAUGGUUGCUGUGGCCUCGAAAGCUUCUCCUUCUCCAACGAGACUUGUUGGAUACUCGAAGCCAUGUGCUGAAAGGCUCAGUGCUUCUCUCGGAAUACACAGGGUAUCAUCUGUCGGGAUUCGUAUGGGCGCUCCCAUGUCGAAGGCGUUGUUUGACUACGUUCAGGGUCACGUCUCGCCCCUUAGGAUAGCUUGGUUUGAUGAGGCUCGCGACACUGUAUACCGCCAAACUCAGCUGAAAAUCGAAGAAAAGCUAGUUCCUGUUAAGAAGACAGGCAAAGCAUGA